AUGUCGAUUAUCUGUUUGUUCCAGACGCUGCUGAUACUGGAAAUAACAAUUGAGGACCGCCAGUUCAUGGCCACCACUAAAGGAACACGAAGGAAGCACGACGCAGAAACUAACACCACCUCAUAUCAAAGUAGGCGGAAAGGCCACCAGCAGCAGACCGGCAGCAAAAGAGCAUUUGCUGGAGAUGUGGAGGAGACGACAGUCGACGAGGGCUCGGUCGCUGGUGCUAGAAAGAACACUAUAGAGCAAACGAUCAAACGAUUUGAGAAUCCGCAAGAUCUAGAGAAGGACUAUAGGAUGGCAACCGUACCGACGAGAACUCCUAAGAGGAUCCUAGCUUGGGACCUUGGAGUGAGAAUUGCAAAGAAAUCUGAUGCGAACGUUGGCAAGUGUUCAUCAAUCAAUGCUAUGAAGCACUUAAAAGCGGCACAUGGACGUUCUUCAACUAAGACGAAAACGACGGAGGGAAACAAGCGACGUAAGGUAGAGGCGGUCAAUGCUGCGAAGGCCUCCGCUCUUUUAUAA